ACUGGGGGACUUAUUCGCUUGAAAGAUAUGUACAUGAUGUACACUCAACAGGUAAACAGCCGGUGAUAAUAAACUGGAAAACAUAACCAUUGAUUACGGAGGACUGUCAUGUUGCGGAUUGUAAGGGGACUAAUUUUGUUGGCUCUGUUGACGGAGGGUGGGACUGCUGUUCGUAUAGUCAUCAACACGUGGCCCGUCACCAACUCGACGGAAGCAGCAUGGAAGACUUUAAUGAACAACGGAAGUGCUGUUGACGCCGUGGUAGACGGCUGUAGUCAGUGUGAAGCACAGGAAUGUCGGGGUACAGUUGGAGCUAACGGAAGUCCGGACGAAGACGGCGAAACCACUCUAGACGCCAUGAUUAUGGACGGAUACACUAUGGAUGUAGGCGCCGUGGGCUGUUUGCGACGAGUGAAGACCGCCAUUGCUGUGGCACGUGCGGUAAUGGAUUACACCAGUCACACGCUCUUGGUGGGAGAUUUGGCGACAAAGUUUGCUUUGGAGAACGGAUUUACGGAAACUAAUCUUACGGGGGACAGGUCUAUCAAUAUUUGGAAAGAUUGGCAAUCAAACAACUGCCAACCAAACUUCAGAGAAAAUGUUACACCGGAUCCUAAACACAAUUGUGGACCGUACCAACCAAAAUCAAAUUUGAUGGAAUAUUCCGAGGAACAGCCCAAUACAAGGAGUGACGCCAGUUCCGGAUAUGACGUAGAUAAUCACGACACAAUUGGCAUGAUAGCUAUUGACCUAUCUGGAAACGUCAGUGCAGGGACAUCAACCAAUGGACUGAAUCAUAAAGUCCCGGGUCGAGUCGGAGAUUCACCAAUAAUGGGGGCGGGUUCAUAUGCAAUGAAUGGUGCUGGAGGGGCAGCCGCUACCGGCAAUGGGGAUAUCAUGAUGAGAUUUCUUCCGGCCUACAAUGCAGUGAUGCAAAUGCAAGCUGGCAUGGAUCCAAUGACCGCCUUACAAAGAUCAAUGGCGCCUGUUAUUAAAUUUUACCCAUCAUUCCGCGGUGCGAUGAUUGCUGUCAAUAUGGAGGGAAAGUAUGGUGCUGUUUGCUAUGGUUACACUAACUGGACAUUCUGCGUUGCAGACGACACUACACCGGUAGUGAAACUAAAUUACAUAAACUGCACAGAAAGCAUGACAAUAGUUACAAACUCGGCAAACUUUGACAUUAUACCCAUAGAAAUCGCUCUCAUUGUUACUUUUACUGGUCGCCUUAUAUUUUGAACGUAAUCAUGAAUGUUUCUGUAUAUCAAAAUUACAAUACAUGUAUAUAUAUAUAUAUAUAUAUAUAUAUAUAGGGAAGUCGUUGUGGCCGAGUGGACUUACGCACUGGUUUGACAGUCUUGCUAAUUUCAGUUGUGAUUAUUUCGUGCUUUAUAUAUAUAUGUGUGUGUGUGUGUGUGUUUAAUUAUAUUAAUUAUGUUUGUAA